UAUGACCCCUAGAGGCUUAGCACUGGGUGUCCCAUGGCCUGAUAGGCAACGCUUUUGCUUCACACACUGUCCCUGGUUCGAUCUCCGGCUAGGGUGGAAACAUUGGGCGUGUUUCCUUGUACCUUCUGCCUCGUUCACCUAGCAAUCAAGUCAAGCAUAUGAUAGUGAUAGUGUAUAAUUCAUGUGAGUCAAGGCAAAAAGAGUGCUUAUUUGAAGGAUUUUGAAAUGCCUGAGACCUGCAGUGCUGUGGGAUGUAAAAACAGAAGGGGGCAGAAACCAAGAGUGUCCUUUUAUCGUAUUCCUGUCAAGAAAGACCGUAGGGAAAAGUGGAUAGCUGCAAUCAGAAGACGAAACUGGGUGCCAUCUGGCUACGCACGUCUGUGUAGCGAACAUUUUGCCUCGGGUGCCAAAAGUGACCACCCACUCAGCCCGGAUUAUGUGCCUUCAAUAUUUAAGUACGUAUCUGCAAGCAAGAAAAGGAAACAACACUAUCUUGUAAAGAAGUUUGAAGCCAGGCAAUCCUUGAGAAGGAUAAAAUUAGAAGAGGAGAAAAGAAGUGAUGUUGCUGUAGGGCUGGAAGACCAGAUUGUUCUGCUUGCAAGAAUGCCAGUCUGUGCAGUUACUGGUUGUAGAAAUGGAAGUGAGACAAAGCCAGAGGAGAGACUUUCGAAAAAUCUGGGAAAACCAACAUGGAGUCUUCAUGGGUUUCCAUUGUCUGACAUACUUCUUAUGAAAAAAUGGCUUCACGCAAUGAAAAUGGAUUUCGUUCCAAACCAGGACCAUUUUUUGUGUAGUGACCAUUUUGCUGAAUCGGAUCUAGACCGCACGGGGCAGAUCGUACGCCUGCGAGAGGGUGCUGUUCCUUCAUUGUUUGAUUUGCCUUCAUACUUGAUAGAGGAUCUUGGUAAAAACAAGAAUCAUGAAAGAAAACUGCUACUGAAAGAAGAUUCCAGUGCAAUGAUAGAAAAAGCAGAGAUAGAUUGUCAGAAAUCAUGCAAGACUAUUACUGAAUGCCAUAGAAAUGGAAAGCAGGAUCUUAAAUCAAAUAAUGAUUUGUCUACCUUACCUUCUCUUAUGAAAGAUAAUGCACGUGUCUUUACUGACUUACAAGAAACUGAGUUAGUGAAAUGUAUCAAGGAAGCUGAUCUACUCUUUAAUAAAAUGACACUCAAAGAACUUAGAAAAUUUGUGUAUGAUUUUACUGUUAAAUUCAAUGAAGUUAUUGACAUUCCUUUAUGGGAUUUUGAUGGUUUAGCUGAUACUGCCUGGUACAAAAGAUUUAUUCAGAGACACCCUUGUAUAUCUAAAAGGAGAGUAAAUAAAAAGGGUAUUCGAGAAAUAAUUUUCAACUCUACUAGUAUAAAUUAUAUCUUAGACACAGUACCAGAUUCAGUCCUUGCAAGCAGAAAUCCUAAAAUAUACAUCAGCAAAGAAAACCCAAUGACUCAAUAUAGCAGACCUUUAGACAAAAAGUUCUUAGAUACUUCAGAUAAUUUUUUAUUAAAAAUAGAUUGUGUGUAUGCUUCCAAGAAGGAUAACAUUAAACAUGAAUGGCUCUAUAACAAUAAUAAUAAUAAUGCAGAAGCUAAAGCUAAGGAUGAUGAUCUGUUAAUUGGAAAUGUGUGUCACAGUAAGAAGACUGGAAAUUCUGGAAACUUUCAGAAUGAAUUUAAUGCUGGAGAAUAUGUUUUUGUAGUAGAUAAUAGUGCAUUUUUAAAGGAAGAAAAAGGUAUUAGUAUAAAGGAAGAGAAUAGUGUGUGUAUCAGUAAUGAUGAAUACUCUAGUAUACAGAUACCAAAGGUGCAUAUAAAAGAAGAGGAUGACAUAUUUGUAAGUGGAAAAAACUCGUGUACAAUUGAAAAUGUAUCUCUAGAGAAAGACAAUCAUGUAAUUGUAAAAGAAGAAAAUGAUUAUUUUGUUAAAGAGGAAUUCUUUGCAAAAGACGAAUAUGCAUCUUAAUGAAGGAAUUGGUUGCCUUAAAGAAUAAAUUGUUUUCUUUAUAAUGAUAAAUAGAUCACUUAAACAUUUUAUUUCCCUUAAUAGUGAAGUAUUGCAAUGCACAUUCUUUGAUAUGUUAGAUAAUGAAAGUUAUUUUAUAUAAUUUUUGCAAGAUGAAGUUGCAAAUGGCUCUUGUGAAAAAAAAUUGAAUUGAAUUCAGUGUUGAUGGGAAGCAAAUCUUUAGGUGAUAUACUAAAAAUACUGUACAGUAAAAGGAGAUAAUUAUUUACUCAACUUACAGUAGGGCAAGAACAAUGAGAGCCUAACUCCUUGAGUGUCCAGACCCCCAAUCUGAAAAGUGUCCAAGAAUUUUCAUGAAUUCCAUUGUCAAUUUUCAGUCCCAAAGAAACAGAAGAAAUACCGUUAUGCAUUACUGUAAUAAUUGUAUAAACGUCAGUGCAUUUGUGAACACACAUUAAACCAACCAGUUGGACAUGUAUUGGACAAGUGACAUGAUUUGUUUACUCUGGAAUAUUUGCCAAAAUUUAACAUUUCCACUACUUUGAACUCAGUUUCAAGCUAUUUUCAGUCUUCAAACCAGUCAAAAUUGUAGUCGUUUUCAUUACUUCAUUUCCAGUUACAUGAAAAAUCCAGGUUUACAAAGCGUGAUGUUAUAGUGGCAAUGAAAUAUUUUUUUAUCAGCUGAAUUUUUGUAAUGUAUCUUCCAUUCUAUCAAAUGAGAUUAGGAACUGUGAAUAUCACCAUAAAAACCAUAUGAAAAUACACUGCAAAGUUGCUGUUUUAAACCAAAAACACAGUUGCAGUUUUUUCUCAUGUACUGUGUGCUGCAGGAUUUUUUAUAUGGUUUACACUUACUGCAUAGACCCAUUCUCUCAUAUCUAAAGCCCAAAUUUAUCUCACACCUUACCUGAGUAAGCUGAGCUCAUGGCAUAGUACUAGGGCAUGGACACUUGGUUUCAAAGCCGUAGAACUACAGCACAGACACUGAAGGGGUUGAGCAAUACUGUUUUUAAUGUUUAUGAUUUUUUUUUUAUUUAUAUAGAAGAUACUUAUCACAAAUUAGUACAGAACAUAUAAUUUUUUAAUACAGCCUCUCCUCACUUAAUGACGAAGUUCCAUUCCUAAUACCAUGUCGGUAAACAAAUUCUUUGUUCAGUGAGAAGCAUACUAUAAUGGUAGUGGGUUUGUGUCAGCCAUCUUUGAUGUUGUUUUACUGUCACUUUUGCACCAUUUAUAAGAUUUCUGGUAUAUUUUUAAAUUAUUAUACAAUAGUAUACUGUAUAUUGUAAUAAAAAGAAUAAAGGAAAUCAGCUCUUAAUAUACAUUAUUUAUGUGUGCAUACUGGUCAGUGAGUCUGUCAUAAGUCCAAGUCAUCGGUAAACGAGUACCUCGCUAAGUGAGGAGAAGCUAUAUAAUCCAAAAUAAAUCUUAUUUUCUUAC